AGAACGCAAUGUUUCGCACCUUCAAGCUGUUGUGCCUAAAAACGACGCAGCCUCUUGUGACGCUUCCUGCGUAAAAGAGCAGAGCAGAGUACACCACUGUCGAUGGCGGCGAAUGGCGUGAAAUCGGCGGUAACAUCCCAGGCAUACCUGGAGGGAUCUCAGGUCAAACAAACUAAAUCACUCAUCUCUGAGCUAUGCCGUCUGUUUUACAACCUAGGUUGGGUCUCCGGCACCGGCGGAAGUAUCACCGCCAAGGUCCACGACGACUCCGUUCCCAAAUCAGAGCAACUCAUAAUCAUGUCCCCCUCCGGUGUGCAAAAGGAAAGGAUGUUAGAAGAAGACAUGUAUGUAUUAUCAUCAACUGGUGAUAUUUUGUUUUCUCCAUCGCCGAAGCCUUACCCUCAUAAACCUCCCAAAUGUUCCGAUUGUGCACCUCUUUUCAUGAAGGCUUAUGAUAAGCGUAAUGCUGGUGCAGUCAUUCAUAGUCACGGAAUGGAAUCGUGUCUUGUAACUAUGAUGGAUCCAUUGGCGAAAGAGUUUAGGAUCACUCACAUGGAGAUGAUUAAAGGAAUACAAGGCCAUGGUUACUAUGAUGAACUUGUGGUUCCCAUAAUAGAAAACACAGCUCAAGAAAGAGAAUUGACAGAAUCUCUAGCUGCAGCAAUUGAAGCAUACCCAAAGACAACUGCUGUUCUUGUCAGAAACCAUGCUGCGAUUAAACUUCAUCAACUAGGCCUUGACUGGUCAACUCCAAGUCAUGGUCCUAAACCACUUUUAUGUGGUCAAAGUCAAACUACAAACCCAUCUCAUCGUUGUGUUGUUCUUGAUAUUGAAGGGACAACAACACCUAUAUCUUUUGUCACUGAUGUUCUUUUUCCAUAUGCACGUGACAAUGUGCAAAAACACUUGGAAGAAACAUAUGACACUGAUGCCACUCAAGAUGAUAUUAAAUUGUUACGUUCUCAAGUAGAAGAUGAUUUAAAAAAUGGUGUUGCAAAUGCUGUUACAAUUCCAUCUGAUGAGGCUGGAAAACAGGAAGUGAUUGCUGCUUUGGUUGCUAAUGUUGAAGGGAUGAUAAAAUCUGAUAGGAAAAUUACUUCCUUAAAACAGUUACAAGGUCACAUAUGGCAAACUGGAUUUGAAAAAAAUGAACUCAAAGGAGUUGUUUUUGAUGAUGUUCCUGUUUCUCUUCAAAAGUGGCAUUCAUCUGGUAUAAAAGUGUAUAUAUAUUCAAGUGGUAGCAGAUUGGCGCAAAGGCUAUUAUUUGGAUACUCAAAUCAUGGGGACUUGAGAACAUAUUUAAGUGGAUUUUUCGACACCACAGUGGGGAACAAGAAGGAAAGAAAAAGUUAUGUUGAAAUUUGUGAAUCAGUUGGAGUUCAUAAGCCUUCAGAUGUCUUAUUUGUUACAGAUGUUUUUCAAGAAGCUGUAGCUGCAAAGGCAGCUGGUUUGGAGGUCAUAAUAUCUGUUCGGCCUGGAAACGGGCAGCUGCCCGAGAACCAUGGAUUCAAGACAGUCAAGUCUUUUUCGGAGAUAUAAGGGUGAUUUUGGUAAUUUGCUUCUUCUUGAAUGGAAUGUGUAUUAUAUUUGUAGUGGGAAAAAAAAUUGUCAUUUGUGACAUGGUUAUAUGAUAUGUGCAACAAAUAAAAGUGAGGAACCUAGGGUGAUGUAAUCACUUUUCACCUUUAAGUUUAUUAGUUUCACUCUUUUGACCCUUACAUAAUUUAAAUUGGUCUAUUUAGUAACUUUUCUGUACUUUUAAAUUUUAAUGUCUACAAACUACGAGUUAUGUAUCAUGUAGUUACAAAACAAGAUGGAAAUGUCGUC